AUGGCCAAGAGACUUCUUUUCACCCCUGACGGGUCUGUCCCUGUCUUCGCAGACCCGGUGGUUGCCCAACUAGGCGGCCUGACUCAAGAGCAGAUCCAAGCAGGCUGUGCCUUCAACAUGUUUCCUCCCUUCCGUCCUGAGUGUCACGUCACGGGCAAGGAGCACGCUGUCAUCAUCCCAGCUCUUCCGGAACUGGACCCCGACUUCGACGUGGAAUGUGAGUCCAAAGGCCGCCGCAUCCCACAUUGCUAUGUUACUAUCGGUGGUCAUGUGCCGCAUAUCGGCCAAACCGAUUCUCUUGAAGACCCACAACAGCCUUCAGAGGAUCCGUCGACGACAUUACUUCCGGCCCCGUUUCCCUCAGAUGAUCCUGAAAACUGGACGAGCCCCGAUGUGCCGCCCACCGAAGAAACGAGCCACGAUGUGCCGUGGCCCAAAGAGACGCGUACUGUGGAGACCGCGACAGUGGUUUCUUCUCACCCAGUCUUCUCGGUCCCCUUUACCUCCUCACCGUACCUGAUAACACCCUCGUCAGGACCGUCGCCUUAUUCUACACCUCGUACCUCCUCUUUGACCCCUGUCCCGACAUCACAUUCGAGUGCAACAACCACCGACUGGUCCAGCUCGUCUCAUAUACCUGGCUCCACCUCAUCUGAGGCCCACUAUAUGGUCUCGUCGUCCCAUUCAAGUGCCGUUGCCACCAGCUUGCCUGUCGUUACCAGCUCGCCCAUUGUCAACAGCUCCCCGAGCACUACAAUCUCGCCUAGCGCCACCCACUCGUUCAGUCUGUUUCAUAUACCUGGCCCUACAUCAUCCGCGGCACAACCUACAGACUCGCCGUCCCGUUCAAGUACCGACACUACCAGCUCGCCUAUCGUUACCAGCCCCUCGAGCACUAUAACCUCACCCGGCACCACCCACUCUGGUACCAUGGUGCCAUCCGGCAUCACCAGCUUGCCCAGCACUACCAGUUCUUCUGAUGUCCGUAGCACCCACUCGUCUAGCGUCACAAGAUCUUCUGGCACCAUUAGCUCAUCCGGUUCCACUUCGCUCGGCCUCAAGGACUCGUCGUCGUCUAGGACCAACAAGGCAUCCGAGACUGGUACAGCCUCAUCGUCCAAAUCAAGCACAGCAGCACCCGAGACAAGUAUAACUUCACCAUCAAACCCCAGCUCAGCAGAACCCGAGACGAGGAUCACUUCGCCAUCAAAACCAAGCUUAGCAGAACCCGAGACGAGCCCGGCUUUAUCUUUAACACCAAACACGGACUCAAAAACGAGCCCGGGAGCAUCAUCGAAAACAAGCUUAACUGAUGCCAAUGGACUCCCUACGGAAGAGCUUGAUCCCCACCUAACCGCCGUGGUCGAUGCUCUCGGGCCCGACGAUAAGCACAAGAAGCACCUGGCACUGGGCCUCAGCAUUGGCUUGGGUGCCGGAAUCCCCAGCGCUGGUCUCGUUCGAUGGUUGGGCACCUUUUUCCACACGCUCAGCACAGUUGCGAAGAGUAGCAAGGUGUAUACCUCGGUGAUGCGGGCCCUGACGACCUUCAAGAUGGAUAUGAUUCCGCACUUCAACUUCAGCCCCCCAGGUCGUCCUGGGGCUCCAGGUCGGCCUGGAGGGGGUACCCCAGAAAGCGAGGUGGCCGAGUCCGUCGACGAGUGGUACGAUGAUUUGUGCCGAAACGGUAACACGGGCGAGCAGGCAGCCGAGAUCAUCAACAACUUCAAGGCCGACAUGGCUGCGGCAGAGGCUGCAAUGGCCAACGAACCUGUUGGGGUUGAGUCUGCGGUCAAUGCUGCUGCCGGCAGGUCCUUCGCGAAUCCUUCGGCGCUCAAUUCGUGGGGUGUCCAAGCGGCCGCGCAGGUGGCGUCAACUCCCGGAUCGAGCAUCGGAGAGAUAGCUGAUUCCCUGCUGAAGGCCGGCGUCCCCGCCGAGGCCGUCUCAUCCACCGCGGAAGCUGUCUCUCACUCUGUCAAUACAGCAGGCAAAGGCUGGAUUGGAAGGCCCGCCUACAAUGCUGCUCUAGGAGUCAUCUCAAGCUCUGUCACCUCUGCAGGCAUGGCUGGUGCUGAGGCAGCCAAAGCCGCAGUUAAAGGUGCUACCGGCCCAGGUCUCGCAGCGUCUCUCGGCGCCGCUGGUGUUCCUGCGUCUGCUGCGGACGCCACUGCCGCGGCCGUGACCGAAGCGAUCCAAGCAGCCGCGGCCUCCGGGUCCGACCCUGUCAUUGACGCGAUCAAUGUCAUCUCGAACGCUGCCUCCCCCUCGGGCUUGGCCGCUGGUGCGGCUUGGGAUGGUGCCUCUGGUUCAUCACUCGCGCCGGCUCUCUCAGCCGCAGGUGUUCCCACAGAUGCCCUGGGCGCCACUGCCGCUGCCGUUGGUGCUGCUAUGUCGGCCAACAGUGGUUCGAGAUCUGACGCCAUCAACGCCGCCUCCGAGAUUAUCGCAAGUGCUGCUUCCCCGCCGUACGAGCGCAUGAGCAACCCUGCACCGCCUGUCUCUCCUGCCCAGGCUGCUUUUGAUGUCGUGGGAGCUACCUUCAACUUCUGGCACAUUAUCCCUUGGCUUGCUUGGGACACCUUGAACAAGAUGGAGGUCAACGAAACUGAUUCUUCAGACAUGGAUAGCCUGGCGAACCUCCUUGCGAUUGGCCCCCCACCAGAAGAGUGGUCUUCCAGGUUCACGUCGUUUCCAUAUCGGCGCGGUGGUGACCGCGUUACCGGCGUCCCCUCGCUGCCGACUGAUGCAGUGAGGCCGACACCAUCCAGCACGAACCAAGGCAUGCACAAUGGCGCGCACAAUGGCACGCAAUCCUUGACACCAACCUUGGAACCAGCACCACCCGGUACAGGAGGUUACUUGUACGACGGGACGAAGCCGGUGCCCUCCGCGCAGGGCUAA